GACCUAUGUUUAGUAUUUGUUAUUUCUUAUCAAAAGGGGUUGAUCGGUGGGGACUUACAGGCCCUAUACAUUUAUAUCAGGUUGGUUGAGCUUAUUUCAAUUACUCUCGUUUUCCCAGUUUAUAGAUAUGUGACUGCAGACCAGGCAGGGAAGUCUAAAGUGUGAAAGGAAUGAUCCAAAUGAAGUGCUGGAGUGUUGCAAUACAGGGAUGGAUUUGAAACCGCCGGACACUUCUUUGACUGAUAGUCCUAACGUUUGUGAAAGUACUAACGUGCCAGACACUUCUUUAACGGAUAGUACUAACGUUUGUGAAAGUACUAACGUUGAUCAAAGUGCUAAUGUUAGUGAUGGUAAUGACGAAACAAGCGCUGAAAUUACCAGCGCGGAGAAAAGUUUUUAUACUGAUAGUGGUUUUUCUGAAAGUGUUGAACGUAGGAAGGGUUCAAAUGAUGAAGGCGAUUUGCGAGGCACGUAUGAUUAUGGCGCUGAAAUAAGCGCUGAAAUUACCAGCGCGGAGAAAAGUUUUUAUACUGAUAGUGGUUUUUCUGAAAGUGUUGAACGGAAGAAUGGUUCAAAUGAUGAAGGCGAUUUGCGAGGCACUUAUGAUUAUGGGAUAGAUUUACAAUCACCGGAUAAUUCUGUUCAUACUAAAGAUAUUAACACUGGCAGUCAUAUUUACAAAAUGUCUAGUGAAGAUGAUUCGGAGACGAGUGGUUUGACUGAGGGUUCUCAAAACGUCAUCAGCGCAGAUUUUGUACAGGUUGCUCCAGAAAUUUCUGACUGUGGGUCCGACUUGAAACCGGACAGUUCUCCAAUUGAAAGCAGUGCUAGCUUGAUUAGCGUUGAGAACAUCGCUGGAGCCGCUAGUGGCCAGAAAUCUGAUAGCAUUGUAAACAUACUUGUUAAUCAUGAACAUAUUCGUUCUGAUAAUGGGUCUGACUUGACUGGUACAGUGGUACAAAGCUUCUGUCCUGAUGAUGAGAACAAUUGUUUGGAUAAGGAAAAUGAGCCGAGGAGGUCUGGCCUUGAGCCUUUUAAUGAUUCGGGUCUUGGUGCGCAGUUCCCAACUUACUGUGAAGAAAGUGUUGCUAGUGUCUGGCCAGAUGGUUCAACUAAGGAUGUGAUUAGUAAUGAACUUAAUUCUGCUGAGUUAGCACUAUGUAAAAAAACUGAAAUUAAGACGAAUCCCACUUAUUUGACAAAGAAUCCAGAGAGUGAAAAUGUUGUGAGAGAUCCUUCUGUUACUUCCCCUCUUGAAAUUUCUAGUGAAAUAGAAAAUAAUGUUUCUGCUGAGGGUAUUUCUGAUGUUCAAAAGAGAGGACGAGGGAGAAAGUGUUCUCUUACUAAGACUAAGAGUGUAUCUGUCUCACCAAGGCGGUCGACUCGUGUGACUGCAUUCCCCCACCGGUUGGAUUUGAAAGAUGUCACUCCAGCUAAGAGAAAAAGGAAAGUGUCAGUGAACAAUCGGGACAAUUCAAACACUGUUGCAGAUACAAGCGUGGCUGAAGACUCAAUUUCUAAACGGAACAGGAAAGUUCCGUCAAAUGACCAUGACACUCGUUCAAACACUGUUUCCGACACUGGUGCUGAGAAAUCAGGAAAUGGGAGAGGGGUGAAAAAGUCAAGGACUCAGUCGGCUCCUUCUAAGAGGCUGGCGAAAAAAAGUGCAAAAGCGGAGGACGAAUUCUCAGAUGCGAAUCUGGUUAAAAUGUCGGACACUAAAAAGAGGACUAAUUCAGCAUCCCGAAAACCACAAGCUGUAAAGGUUGCCAAACCUUGUGAAAAAAAGGCUUUGCUGACUGGGCGUGGGCGUAAGAGAGCACAAAUUCUUCCCUUACAACAGGACUUGCCGAGUUCUUCAGGUCACACAAAAAAGAGGAAGAUUAACGUUGAAACGGAAAAACCUCGAGAUACUUCACCGUCUCCAUCGAGAAAUUUAGAUGCACUCUUAAAGAGUCUGAAAACACCAUCUAAACUUUUAAAGCAUCAGGUUGAAAUGAAAAUCAGAGAUUCUCCACCUGUUAGGGGUAGAAGGAGAAGAAGGAGCAAAACACGGGAGAAGACAGAAGUUGCUACUGAAUCAGUUUGUACAGACGAUGUUUCUGCUAAAUCGGUUAGUAAUGGCAAUGAUUUAGGACGAUUAAAACAAACGGGGGACGACUCCCCAGAUUUAGGACUUGGCCCAUCUCGAUCAUCUCAAACUGAAAACAGCCGUCCAUAUUCAGAUUUAGAAACUGCGCUCGAUACUGCAGAUGAGUCACCGAGAUGUCUCUCGAAGAUUUGUGACUCUUCACCACGGAGUGCACACAGGGACUACUCCCCGGACUUAGGACUGGGACCAUCUCGGCCAUCUCUAUCGAGGAAUUUAGAUUUAGAAUCUGAGCGUGAUACCUUAGAUGAACCACCCAGUUGUCUCUCAAAAAAUUGUGAUUCUUCGCUACCCAGUGAACACAGAUCUGUCAAUAAAGUGUUGGAGGAAUUACCGACGACUUCUAAACUGCCACAACCCCGUGCAAAACCUGCCAGAAAACCUGCUGCUGUGAAACCUGCCAGAAACGCCAAGGAUAAGAAAGGGCUGAAAAAAACAAAGUCGUCCGUUUAUGCCUGCCUACUGGAAGACUUGGAGAACCCCGUCGCUCAUUGUUUGGGGAGCUUUGAAAGUGCGAUCCAGACCAGUGAUGACGCAUUACCAACUAAAGGAAAGGAAAACUGUGAUGACUCAGUAACGACUGCAGCUAUCGCUAAGAGGGUGUCUGCCAAUGUCAUGCCUUAUGACCCAAACCUAGACUGGAGUGGUGAUUCCUGCAAGGAAGAUGAAGAGGACAAUGAUGAUGACGAUGAUGAUGAUGAUGAUGAUGACUUGCCUGAAGCAUUUUAUUCGUCCCCAGCGCAGACUUCAGCUCCUAAAUUCUCCAAAGGCGACUUUGUGUGGGUUAAGUGGAACAGGUAUCCUUACUGGCCGUGCAUGAUCCGGAAUGUGUAUUACACAAAAAGAAGGCUUGGUCGUCUGUCAAUCCUGUUUGUUGGCGAUUCCUUUGAGAAGGGGCAGAAAGGAUUUAAAGUUAGGUACACGAAGAAGGCCGUACGAGGUUAUUCUUGUCCAGAACGCGCACAAUUCAUCGACGAAGGGAAGAAUUCAUCAUGGGGCUCACAGUUUGAGGCAGCCCUAAAUUUGAUUAAGGAAUUCCUCACGAAGAAAGGUCUCGGUUUGACCGAACAGUCGAGUUUGGAGUAUUUUACACAUGUAGAAGAAACCUGGACCGAUGACGAAGAUGACACUCCCUUGGACACUUGUACACUUGAACCUCGAUUGAAGACUUCUGUGGAAGAGAACAGAGAAAAGGACAGCAGUGAGGAUGAAGACCAGGACACAAACGUCAUGGAAACUGUAGAAGAUACACCAAGGUCCAAAAGGCUGGCAGAAAUUAAAAUGACGAGGCGAGAGCGAUACAAAGAAAUGGUGGAGUUCAUCCAAAGUGAUGAAGUUAAGAACUAUUUGUUUGAGAUUUACAUGGGAAAGAGGAAGAGUCUGCUGAACGACCAGUUCAAGACGCACCCCUCGGGGAAAGAUCUUGGUUUUGGACCAAUCGAUGACGACAGUCAGAUUGAAGAGAUUCAGAACACGUUAAUGAUAUGGUUUAAUGAAAUCAACACAGGAAGUUCCAUUGAUGUUACAAGUAACCUCAAUUACGUCCUGACUGUAUGGGUCCCAGAGGCAAUAGUUUAUGCCAUGCGAAAGACAAAACACUAUACGACAAAGACAGCGUGGGAACGAUUCGGAAAAGGUGUUUACUGGACGAAAGUUGAACAUGAAAAUGCCCACCUUGAGAUAUUGAACGCAGUACAGAACACUUCAGCAGAGAGUUUGGAAAUGCACCGAAUGCGUACCGAAGCGAAAACAAAACGGUUCUUUUCAGGUUUACUGGUGUAGCGACGGUUUACAGCUUUUAACUGCUUUGUGUGUGACUAUGCAUUUUUGAGUCGACAGAAUCAAGAAUUGAAUCGUUUUCGUAGUAUCGCCGUGUUUUAUGCAAAUGAAUCUAUGCGUGUCCUGGCACUCCAUUCUCAAGCGAACAAUGCUGUGAUGUCUCAAAAACUUUUUUGGGAGUUUCUGGUUGAUUUGUCUACCAUGCUGUCGCAAGCUGUACAGAAUGGUUAUGGUAGGAUGUCAAUGUUUAGGAGUCCUACAUGUGUACUAUGAGCGAUUGACAUGUCUUAAUCAAGAGUUGAUAAUUAGCCGAUUUUGACUGUUGUGACUGGAUGGCGUUGCUUCACAAGAUGUGCAGGUCUUGUCAUAAAUGAUGUACCCUUGAGAAGGGGGGCAUACAGGACAUUAUUUUUCUGGUCUCAGAUGACCAAGGUCACAUCAGCAAUCACCUACUAGUCAAGACAGAUGCUGCUGCUAUGACUUUCGGCCGUCUAUUUAGAGAUAUCAAAGGUGAAACAUCCCAUAAUACUUGUUGGCAAUAGAGAUCGUCUCCUAUCAUUGGUCUGGACAAUCAGAAACCAGUUGGGGUAAUGUGACAUAACUGAUGCUCACCACCUGAUCAGGAAUUAAUGUAAAGACUUUAAACCAGUUGUGUUCAUUCUUUGUGUCAAAUCAUAUCGUCCAUUUUGUCUGUGCUUUCCAUAGCGAUCAAAUGUAAAUAUUUGCUUCAUGAAAGAUGCCGACUGCUUGUACAUAGAUGUACUAUGCAUUAUGCAUUGUGAAUAGAUAUUUGAUGUUGCAAAAAGGAGGACAAAGGCAAUUUCUGUCUGAAGAAAAAUCAACUGCUGUAUUAACCAAAGCGUGUGUUGUAUAUGUAAUUUAAAGAAUUUGUGACCUGGUAAAAAGUGAUGCACUUGCCAUAUCGUGGCCAGAAUUUCCAAACGGGAGCAGUUUUCCAGAAACUACUAGAGCAAUUCAUGCCUAGUCUUGAAUGUGUUUGUACAGCUUAAUAUAUUUCGCCGUAAAUGUAAAUGAUGAUUCACCAAGUGGGACUUCCAUUCGUCGCUCAAGUUCCUUGAGCUGUUCAAACGUGUUGACUGAGAAGGAGGAUGUGUAUACCGUAUUUAUAUGAUGUACUUAAUUUCAUGACCACCAUCUGUCUUUUCUUUCAAAUAUUUGUGUCAUGUUCGUAAUAAUUCCAACUUAUUCUUGUUAACUUGUUCUUUCAAGAAAAACUGUAAUAUAUCGAUGUCAGUAUGAAUGUGCAUUGCCUUUUAUUUUGAGAGUAUGUGUGCUUUGAUAACAUAUUUAAAUAAAUAUUUCCAAGUGACA